UUGUGGGGAUGUGAAGAAGGAGGGAAAUGGGACAUGGGCAAAAAGCAGAGAAUUGAUGGUAUCUGUUGCAUGUCUUUUUGUAGGUGUCCCCAUGGUGAUAAUUUGUAAGUGAAAAGAAUGUGGGAACAGAGAGUCUGCUCCCUGAUUGGACUGCUUUGUAUUUGCAAAAUGGAUUCUGAUUGGGCUAAAUGAUUCCUAACUAGCAGUAGUUUAUAUUCAUUCACUUUUCUCCUAAGCAGAGGACUCCACUUGCAGGUUUGUAAUGUAACAAGAUUAGUUCUGAUCUGGAUUACAGUGAAGUUGUACUCUUGGGAUGUAAAGGUGGAAUAAUUAGAAAUAAGCAAGAAUGGAUUGAUAUGCUGAGCAGGUUGGAUAAUACUGUCUAAUGGAAUAACCUGUAUUGACUUUUUUUAAUGGAAAUCUGGUAUGUUGAAAGUCAUGGCAUCUGACAGUGAAGUGAAGACACUUUUAAAUUUUGUGAACCUAGCAUCUUGUGAUAUCAAAGCAGCUUUGGAUAAAUCUGCCCCUUGUCGGAGGUCUGUGGACCACAGAAAAUAUUUACAGAAGCAGUUGAAAAGAUUUUCCCAGAAAUACUCCAGAUUGCCACGAUGCACACCAAGCAAAAGUGUAGACCUGCGGAAAUGUCUGCUGGACAGACAAAACACCACAACCCUUAACAAUGGACUGAGUGAAAAAGCCACACAUGCAUUAGAAACCGAGGAAAACAUUAAUAAGGUCACUUGUACCCAAGAGAAUAUUACUGAGGCUGGAAAUCCUGAUCAGGUGCCCAUGCGAAAGAGGCAGCUACCUGCAUCAUUCUGGGAGGAACCUAGACCUUCUUCCAGUCUUCUGGAACUACAUUGUCCUUCUAGACCUGAUAUCAUAUAUAAGGAGAGUACUGAUGCCUCACUAACUCUUUAUGAAACCAAGAGAGGCAAGAACUUAAUGACACAUGAAAGCAACAGCUCUGCCUGUUUCUAUCCUUCUGAGGACAAGGAGUCUGGAAAAUUGCCCUCUGUGGCUUCCCUUACAGAGUUGGUGAAUGCUUGUAGCUGCUGUCCAUUUCAGUACCAUGGACAAGCUAUGUACCAACAUUAUCCUGGAGAACUGUCUCCUAACCCAUUCACUGCUUUGACUCUGUGGAGUAAAAGCACUGUGCCCACUUUAGAAAUUCAGCACCUCUGUAAGGAGUCAGGCCAAAGGAUUUAUAGACAUGUGGUCCUAAAACCAAUUCCUACAAAACCAGCUGUCCAUAGCUCUCUCUUUAAUGUUUUUGGAUAUAUUUAGUGCCAACCUUUCUGGAUCCUGCAGUUGUUUCAAUCCUGGAUUAACACACAGCAUCAGCAUACUAUAUCUUGUGGUGAUCAGGGAAAUCCAAUCUACAACCUGAUGAACAGAAUGGCAGAGGAUAAUAUUGUACAAUAACACAAGCCUUUUGCUUAUCAAUUGUCACAAAAAGGAACUUAAGCUGCUCGUACUCAGAACUGUUUGCCCACAUGCAGUUCAUAUAUAAAUUAAAUUAAAUAAUUUGUUUUUGGGAAAUGUUAAUAUGAACUUUAUAUCAUUACAGCGAGAACUGAUAAAUCUGCAACUAUAAAUUAAUUGCAAUGAUUUGGAAAAUUUGUAAAGAAAGCGUGCAUUGUUUACAUGUAAGUAUGAAAAGCUACACAAAUGAUUCAUUUUGCUGGACAUGUUUUCAGAAGGAUAUUUGUAUAGAAUAUUAGCAUGGUUUUGUAGUAAAUUUUAAUUUAUUUAGAACUGGUGACUCUUUUUUAUAUGAUAUGUGUUCAAUUAUGAAAUAGCAUAUUUUGUUUGGAAGUGUCAGCGUAUAAACCAAGCAGGAUUGUUUUUAAACAUUUUUAAUUUAUAGAAGUAAAGUAUGCCUUUUUAAAUAAACAUUGUGAAUUUUGUAAAAAUA